ACAUCAGACACGUCAGGAACCCGAGCUACUUUCCAGUCCCCACCCUCGCGCGGGUCCUCACCGAAGUGCUCCUUGCACUGUCAAGUUGCGCCUACACUGCACAUCAUUCACAGGCAGCAAUCGCGAACUCGCAACGUAGCAUCUUCACACAUUCCACCUGUCUUGUUUGCUAGGCACCCAGCGGGGCAGACGUCACUCGCGUUCAAGCUCCUACGUCUACUAGCUUUCCAGGGCCUGAGCCCCAAACGGUCUGUACGAUCUGUUCUACAUACGACUAGACCUGCCACUACCCGCGCACACGAACAAACACCAUGGCGUCCGCCGCGACCUUCUUUGAGAAUCUGUGGCUGUCCAUCUUCGAGCCCGGCCCGACACCCACCCUCCUCAUCGCAACCAAUGCCUCCUUCGCCGCGCUCCAGCUACUGUUUUUCGCGCUCCUGAUUGCGACUAACAGCAUACACUUCUACAUUCUCUCUGCGCUCUGCGGAGGGCUUUGGUACGCGAUCAACUGGUUCGCGGCCGAGAUACGCGCGGCGCAGGCGAAAGAGGAGGAGGCGAAGCGCAUCAGGGAAGCCAAGCGUGAUAAAGGGAAGGGCAAGGCAGACACGCAGGAUGGGGACGCUAUGGACUCUGGCGACGACACCGAGGUCGAGACCGAAGUAGCGGAGAAGCAGAAGCCCAAAAUCCGAACGAAUCCGCCACGCGCGCCGCGUCCCGAGUCAGAAAGCACCGUGUUCGUCGAGAGGCCUGUCGAGAGCGUGGCGACGCUGAGAGGCAGCACGCCGGUCGCGAGCUCAGGCGCAAGCUCCGGACUGAAGCCUGUGGCGGACGACACGGUGAAACAGAGGAGGAGCUUGGGCGAGUCGACAGGCGAUUUGAGCACGGAUAGCGAGUGGGAGAAGCUAUCGCAAGACUCUGGCGAUAGAUGAGGACUGGAUACCCCCGGAGUUUGGCUAGACGAUCAUCUAUACAGUGACACUUCGCUAUGUUAGACGCGCAAUUCAAUCCUGAUCAGCAG